GAUCCUACUGUUCGCGAUCUGUAUGCACCGGCUCCGCGAAAAAAGCAUUUCGUAGAACCGUCACGUAUAUUUUCUGCGUACCCGCCGGAUCCCAGAGGCCCUCGUCUCAAUGAGCGAAAUAACGAUAACGCCGUUGGGCGCCGGUCAAGACGUAGGGAGGAGCUGUAUCCUCAUCAGUAUGGGAGGCAAGAACAUCAUGCUGGAUUGCGGGAUGCACAUGGGUUACCAGGACGAGAGACGCUUCCCCGACUUUUCCUACAUCAACAAUGGAGGACCUCUGGACGAUUUUCUGGACUGCGUGAUAAUCUCUCAUUUCCACCUCGACCACUGUGGAGCUCUACCUUUCAUGAGUGAGAUGAUUGGUUAUACAGGACCGAUCUACAUGACACAUCCGACCAAAGCGAUUUGUCCGAUACUUCUGGAAGAUUUCCGGAAGAUCUGCGUCGACAAGAAAGGCGAGCAGAACUUCUUCUCUCAGGGAAUGAUCAGGGAUUGCAUGAAGAAGGUCAUUCCCUGCAACCUCCACGAGACGAUUAAAGUCGAUUCCGAACUGGAAAUCAAGGCCUACUAUGCGGGACAUGUUCUCGGCGCAGCCAUGUUCCACAUCAAAGUUGGACACAUCAGCAUUGUCUACACAGGUGACUACAACAUGACACCUGAUCGACAUCUCGGUGCCGCCUGGAUCGACCGGUGCCGACCCGAUCUGCUCAUCACAGAGUCGACCUACGCGACGACAAUCAGAGAUUCGAAGCGAUGUCGGGAGAGAGAUUUCCUCAACAAGGUCCAUGACUGCAUCGAGCGCGGCGGGAAGGUUCUCAUCCCAGCCUUCGCUCUCGGUCGGGCCCAGGAACUCUGCAUCCUGUUGGAGACGUACUGGGAACGAAUGAACCUCAAGUGCCCGAUAUAUUUCGCUGCUGGCCUCACGGAGAAAGCGACGAACUACUACAAGAUGUUCAUCACGUGGACAAAUCAGAAGAUCCGUAAUACUUUCGUCGAUCACAACAUGUUCGACUUCAAGCACAUCAAGCCCUUCGAUAGGGCCUACAUAGACAAUCCAGGUCCCAUGGUUGUGUUUGCGACUCCGGGCAUGCUCCACGCGGGUCUCUCGCUGCAAAUUUUCAAAAAAUGGGCUCCUUUCGAAGAGAACAUGGUCAUAAUGCCCGGAUACUGCGUUUCGGGUACGGUGGGUGCGAAGAUUUUGAACGGAGCCCGUCGGGUCGAAAUCGAGAAAGGAAAUUUCAUCGACGUCAAACUCUCAGUCGAGUACCUGUCGUUUUCGGCGCAUGCUGAUGCUAAGGGCAUUAUGCAGUUGAUACGUCAAUGCGAACCGAAAAACGUUCUACUCGUGCAUGGGGAAGGAGACAAAAUGAAGUUCCUGAAGGGCAAGAUCGAAGAAGAAUUCAAGAUCCCUUGCUACAUGCCCGCAAAUGGUGAAACAACGCUCAUCUCGGUUCCUGAACACAUCGUCCUCGACGUCGACUUGCCUCUGUUGAAGCGAGCACUCCCGCAGGCAGAGAUAGUCUCGGAGAAAAAGUCGAAACAAAUACACGCCGCGAUCCUCAUGUACGACAACGUUAUGAAGCUCGUUGAGCCAGAAGACGCUCUCAACGAACUCGGAGUGCGCGAACAUCAAAUCCGAUUCACCACGACGAUAUCCAUCCCGGAAACAUUCCAAGGCUCCACGGCUAAACUUGCCGAGUUGGUCCAAGAUCUCGUCAAGGACAAACUGCCAAGCGACGAUCAAGAAACCAUGCAAAUGCUCCAGGACGGCUCCUUGUCUCUCGGCUCGGCGAUCGUGAGAGUUAACGGUUUCGAAGACGACAUGAAAUCGGUUUGUGUUUCCUGGGCGAACGAGGACGAAGAUUUGGGGACGCAGCUUGUUUCCCUCGUUCAAGAAGCCGUCUGCAUCGUGUGAUAAGUCUGGACCACAGAAUGGAGGACCAGACCUUUGCGAUUUGAAAAUGUUCAUAUGGAUGUUACAAUGAUGUGCUCUUCGGGGAGUACCAGCUUUGAAAAAAAUUGUUGGGACAGCUUAAUUCUGAAUGAAAAGUUGACAUCAUUGAGCCC